AGCAACUUGCUCGACAUGGAGUCUGAGGCAUCAAAGCGUCGCUCGGUUCGUCAGGCCAUAACUCGAAAGAGAAGUUUGUACAUGGACCCGGAUACGGAUGACGACUUCGACAUUGCCGAUGCUCAGGAUUCUCCUAGCGAGCGUGUCGAGUUUCUAGAAUCGCAGCAAAAGCGACCGAAGAUAACCAAAAGGCGAACGAGCAAAUCUUCUCCGAGAGAGACCAGGUCUGCCACGAAGAAGCCUGGUCAAAAAAAGUCGCCACCCAAGCGGAAGACUAAACAUACCUCGAAGCCGACAAAGCAGGCUGCACCUCUUGUGCCUCUGAUUUCAAGUGAUGGAAUGAUACCUAAGUGGCAUACUCUCCCCUACGAAAUUUUGUUGCAGAUAUUCAGUUAUGCUUUCGCUGCCGAACUCGAGCACGAAACAGGUGGUGUUGCGAGCCGAAGAGUCCACCACCCGAACACAUGGAUCAUGAGGACGGCUCGCAAGGUCUGUCGAGCCUUUUCAGAGCCAGCCUUGACAGCUUUCUACAGAGCCCCAAACCUUCUGGCAGCACGAUGGCUUGAGGACUUUUCUACCAUAAUCAAGCAACCUAACGAUCAGCACUUGUACUCGUAUAAUAUGAAAGUCACGAGCCUAGAAGUGUCUGCCCGCAACCUGGAAUCCUUUGCUAGAACCUCUACAUCAUCUUCUUUUGCUGAGACUGUAUCGAAACUACCACGACUUUCUUCGUUGAUUAUCACGCAUCAGUUGGACGAACCACCGUACGAAUUCGAAGGUCGAUUCCCCCGAUGGAAGUAUCCUCUGGACCUUUUCGAAGCGCUCGAUGGAAACAACAACCACCUCGAGUCUUGGAGGUGGAACAUACAUNUCAUAGAGCAAAAGAUGGCCAAGCAGAAUUUCAGGAGUAGGUUGACAAGAGGAUUUACCGAGUUCAUGACCCAGGUCCAUCAGAGACCUUCUUUCCAGAGUCUACGUUAUCUGACCAUCGCGCAUCUUCCACCAAAGACAGCAACGCUCGAUGUUGAGGAGGAGACUGCUGCAGACCUCGCUUUCGGCAAGGUGUUUAGUGGUCUACCCAACCUGGAGACUUUGUCUUUCGAAAGCUGUGAUCGUAUGUCGGAACACAUUUUGCUUCAACUACCACGCAAUCUUAGGACUGUCAAAUUCAUCAACUGCAUGCCUCUCGAUUCAGACAUGCUGAGCACAUACUUGAAUAGCCAUGGUCAUUCCAUCAAGGAGCUGGUCCUCGAUCACAACCCUUUCCUCGACCUCGCAUUCUUCACAGGCCUGCGCACGUCUUGUCCACAGCUUAAGUCAUUGAAGAUGGAUCUGUACGAUCACAGAGAAAAUCAUUUCCGCCAUUUCGGAGAACCAAAAUACGAAAAUCUGUUACUCGAGGAUGAGAUCCCAACCUGGCCCUCCACUCUCCAAACCUUGGAGCUCAACCUCUUCCGUUCUCUAGUCGAAUCUGCCGAAUCUCUACCAGACCUUCGAAGGCUAGUGCUGCAAGCUCAUAUCAACAUCUCAUGGCGAGAUAGAGCAGCUUUCAGAGACCAAUGGAUUGAACGUCUACGCCGAGUAUAUCAACGCUAUCCUCAAGACCCUGAUCUGAAGCUUGCUUCCUUCCGAACCUUCAGAGAGUGGAAAGAAGCAAAGUUACGUCGUUCGCUGAGUCAUGUGGAAAUUGUCGUGCGUAAGCCUUCAUUGACCUCUCAGGCUUCGCAAAUUUCAGACGAUGAGCCUCUGGCCAAACGCCGCGCUAGGCGUGUCAUCAAACCAGCCUCUCCGCCACCACUCCCCACCCCACCAGUCGUGAACAAGGCUUGUGGUCGUCGCAAGCGUGGUCGCAGAGGCUCUGAUGCCAUAUCGGUCGCUUCUGACGAAAACACUAAAGAGGGUGAAGAUUGGCGUCACACCCCCGAACGUUUCAUCCAAGGACUCUGCACUGUCGUUGACGUCCGGAUCGACAACCAAAGGCCACGUGAGGAGCAGUUCAACGAGUCACAUUUCCUGGACUCUGAGGCUAGUGGUGACGAGGAGUGGACGGAAGGUGCAGAAGCUGACGAGGACGGCUAUGCUUGGUAG